UUCAUAUACGAUAUGAUUAAAAACCAUACAUGGUUUAUUCAUUACAUUUAGCAUAGUGACACUUGAAAAUGUUUCUACAAUUCAUUUCUAACCUUUAUAUCAAGAAAAUUAUGACAAUGUAGCGCGAAGGAAAUUUUAAUUAAAAUACACAUCUUAAGAAAUUUCAUGUUAAAAUUAUAACUAAUAUUUCCAUGAUUGCAAGAAUUACUUGGUGAAACUUGGGACGCAAGAAGUUUAGUAAGAACAAGCAAAAGACAAUCUGAUGAUUCAUCUUAUUAAAAUAGAUAAUUAUAAAACUAUACAAUGUCUAACUCAAAACUUGUUUUGAAUAUUAUAAGUCUUGAAGGAAUGAUCAUGAGGUUUGAUGUGACAUCAGAUAUGACUAUCAAUAACAUAAAAAAUAUUGCAAUAAAACAUUUCUACGGUAAUGAUAAAUCAAGAAGUCCAACUAACUUUCGUUUAGUUCAUACAUCUGAAUUCAAGUGGCUUAUAGAUGAUCAUAGUAUAAUUACUGAAAAAGUUAAUGAAAAUGAUGAAUUAAUGUUAAUAAAGAUACGUCCAAUACCCAUAAAUGAAAAUUCAUCUGCAGAAAUUUUGAAAGGUCCAGAUAAAGAAGUAGUACUACAAAUAACAAAAGAUUUACCUAUACGUAAUCCACCUAAACCUAUUCCAUUUCUUCCUUGUCCUGCAGAUUUUCAGAAUGAAAUACGAAAUGUUUUAAUUACACUUGUAAAAGCAUCAGCAAGGAUUAUAUCGUAUAGCCCAGAAGCACAAAAGUUUUAUGAUAUUUUAAAAGAAAAAUUAGAGGCAAGAUGUAAACCAAAUAUUAAUACAAAUGCUGCAAAAACUCUCACAGAAAUGGGUUUUUCUGAGAAAAAGGUUCUGAAAGCUCUUCACUUACGAAAAUCAAAUAUAGUGGAAGCAUUAGAAUGGUUAGCAGAACAUCAGAAUGAUCCAGAAGAUGAUGAUGAUGAUUACUUAGAUUUGAUAUCUAUUGAAAAAGGAUGUGAAAAUUUGAAGAAGGAAGAAAAUGUACUCAGCAUAGUAGAUCGUUUAUUAAAAAGUUACCGUUACUAUAGGAAGAUGAAUUUCAAACCUAGUUCUAGAGCAGUACAAUCACUAUCAGAGAUGGGAUUUGAAGAAAAGAACAUUAUUGAGGCACUAAAAAUUACUGGAAACAAUCAAAUUAAUGCUUGUGAAUGGUUACUUGGAGAAAGAAGGCAUAGUUUACAAAAUUUAGAUAAAGAACUUGAUUCAGGUAGUCAAAUUUAUAAAGUAAUCAUGAAUGAUCCAUGUAUUCAACUUAGUCUUACAAAUCCUAAUAUGUUACUUGUGUAUUUAUCACUGUUAGAAUCACCAGUAACAUUAAGUGAACGAAUAAGAGAUCCUGAAGUAGGACCAGUAUUGGAUCACAUUAUAAGAAUGUAUCAUGCCGAAAAACAUACGAUUCAUAUCAAUCAACAUGCAAUUGAUUUCUUUGUAAUAAUGGUUUAUUAUUUUACAAGUGAAGUUGUACAACCAUCGGUAACAUUAUUUAUGGGAGUCGACCAAUAUGAAAAUGAUGAUCUCAUAAAGUGGGGUUGGCCAGAAGAUGUUUGGUUUCAUGUUGACAAAUAUUCUUCAGCGCAUGUAUACCUUCGACUUCGCCUUGGUCAAACAAUAGAUGACAUACCUAGCGUAGUUUUAGAAGAUGCAGCACAAUUAGUGAAAGCAAAUAGUAUUGAAGGAAAUAAAAUGAAUGAUAUUGAUGUAGUAUAUACAAUGUGGUCAAAUCUAAAAAAAACACCAGGUAUGGAAAUAGGACAAGUUGGUUUUCAUAAAGAUAAGGAUGUUCGUAAAAUUCAUGUUGCAAAACGAAUAAAUACUAUUGUUAAUCGAUUAAAUAAAACUAAACGUUCAGAACAAGUAAAUUUAAGAGCAGAAAGAGAACAACGGGACAGAAAUGAACGGGAAGAUAAAAAGAGACUUUUGAGAGAGCAAAAGGAAAGGGAAAAGGCAGAAGAAAAACGAAGAAAGGAAGAAGCAGAAAUGAGAAGUUAUAAUUCUUUAUUUAAUACAUCUAAUAUGACAUCAAAUGUAGAAAAUAGUGGAUAUGAUUCAGAUGAUUUUAUGUGAUGAAAUUAUUAAUAUUAUUUGUAAUUCGAUUGCCUACUCAGCAUAGUUUGGAAUAAUAGAUGAAUAUAUUUAAAAGAAAAAGCAUAUAUAAUUUCAAAAUUAAAUUUGGUUGAUAUUUUAAAAGAAAAUUAUCAUUAAACAUUACGAAAAUCUAAAAUAACAAGGUAAUGUUGAAACUAAUAAAAUGUUAAUUAAAAUAUUUUUAAAACUGGAUUAAAGUACAAGUUUUGCACAAAAA